ACUUGCGCGAAGUAGCAGCAUGACAAGCGUGUCUGAAGCGUCGUAGUGACAAGCAGGCACAGCAGCACGAACCGCAUCACCACAACCGGCAUUUCCGAAAGAGUUCGUCACCCGUUUACAGUAAGAUGUCCUGGCUGUUCGGCCUUAACAAGGGGCAGCCCGAGGCGCCCCCUGAGUUCCCCGGUCCGCCGCCACCACCUCCACCGGCUGGUGGGUCCGGUGGCGGCUCCACAGGCGGAGAUAAACCCAAGGACAAAUGGAGCAACUUCGAUCCAACGGGGUUGGAGCGAGCGGCCCAGGCAGCCAAGGAGCUGGACAAGUCUCGCCAUGCCAAAGAAGCUCUGGAGCUGGCUCGCAUGCAGGAGCAGAGUGUUCAUAUGGAACACCAGACCAAAAUAAAGGAGUACGAGGCAGCACUGGAGCAACUGAAGGGGGAUCAAAUCCGCAUCCAAGGAGAGGAGAGGAGGAAAACAGUGAAUGAGGAGACCAAACAACAUCAGUCGAGAGCCCAGUACCAAGACAGGCUAGCCAGACAGAGGUACGAGGACCAGCUCAGACAACAGCAAACCAUAAAUGAAGAAAAUCUCCGCAGACAGGAAGAGUCUGUACAGAAGCAGGAAGCCAUGAGAAAAGCAACAAUUGAGCAUGAGAUGAAUCUGAGGCACAAAAAUGAGCUUCUGCGUGUGGAGGCGGAGUCUAGAGCAAGGGGUCGCGUGGAGAGGGAGAACGCUGACAUUAUCCGUGAGCAGAUCCGCCUGAAGGCAGCAGAACACAGGCAGACCGUUCUAGAAACUAUACGAACUGCGGGUGCCGUGUUUGGAGAAGGAUUUCGAGCUUUUGUGUCUGACUGGGAUAAAGUGACAGCUACGGUGGCAGGACUGACCCUUCUGGCCGUGGGCGUGUACACAGCCCGGAACGCCACGGGGGUGGCAGGGCGAUACAUUGAGGCUCGGCUUGGCAAGCCCUCAUUGGUCAGAGAGACGUCCCGCAUCACUGUGGGGGAGGCGAUUAAGCACCCCAUAAAGGUGACAAAGCGCUUGACGAGCAAGCCUCAGGAUGCCCUGGAGGGAGUAGUGCUCAGUCCAACUCUGGAGGAGCGUGUACGUGACAUUGCCAUAGCAACCAGGAACACAAGGCAGAACCGUGGCCUGUACCGUAACAUCCUAAUGUACGGACCUCCUGGCACUGGAAAGACCCUUUUUGCCAAGAAGCUGGCAAUGCAUUCUGGGAUGGACUAUGCCAUUAUGACAGGUGGUGACGUGGCGCCUAUGGGCCGUGAGGGCGUCACUGCUAUGCACAAAGUCUUUGACUGGGCCAACACAACUCGCCGUGGCCUGCUGCUCUUUGUUGAUGAAGCUGAUGCAUUCCUUCGCAAGAGAUCCACUGAGAAGAUCAGUGAAGACCUUAGAGCAACUCUGAACGCAUUCCUUUACCGCACUGGAGAGCAGAGCAACAAGUUUAUGCUAGUACUGGCCAGUAAUCAGCCAGAGCAGUUUGACUGGGCGAUCAACGACCGUAUCGACGAGAUAGUCAACUUCGCCCUGCCAGGUCUUGAGGAAAGGGAGAGGCUGGUGCGCCUGUACUUUGACAAAUACGUGCUGGAGCCAGCCACCGGGGGGAGACAGAGAAUGAAGCUGGCACAGUUUGACUAUGGGCUGAAGUGUUCUGAGAUUGCCAAGCUCGCAGAGGGCAUGUCCGGCAGAGAGAUCUCCAAACUGGGCGUGGCCUGGCAGGCUGCAGCAUACUCAUCAGAGGACGGUGUCCUUACGGAGGCCAUGAUUGAUGCCCGGGUGGAGGACUCCAUCAAACAGCACUUCCAGAAGAUGAACUGGCUGCACAGAGACGAGGCUGCUGCUGCUGCUGCUGAGGUCAUACCUGGCCAGACCGGGGCAGCGGACGUUGGGCCCGGGAUAGGUUUCACACUGCCCAAGGGACAGCCUCCCCAGGCUCAGGAGGUCCUGGCUCCUGUCCUGGAGGCAGAGAAAGUGGAAGCCCCUGUUCCUUUGGAAGAAGUGCAGCUGAAUUCAAUCCUUCCUGUAACAGAUAGUGCUGUGGUUCCGGCCAAGGGGGGAGGUACAGGGGAGGGGGGGACUGUCCAGGCUGAAGUAGAGAGUGUCCAAGCAGUGGACAUUUUACCGACCCAAGGGGAGGGGCAAGAGAGUAAAGCCCAGAAUGAAGCAGGCCCUCCCCUUGAGAAAGAGGCAGGGAAAGAGGUUGAAACCAAAUCUACGCCAUCAAAAGAUGGGACUCCGGUUUAAGAUGAGGAAACUGUCUGGAAUUGCUGCGGUUGAUGCCUGUUCCUCAGUGUGUGUAGUCUGUAUGAACGUCUGUCUAUCUGUCCGGCUCCCAGAGCAGAGUGUGCUGCAGAGACGCUAGCUAGCAUUUCAUAAAACAAUUAUGCAGAAACUGAAGAGCAGUUCUAAUAUAUUACAUAUUUAAAGAUUCUGGAAAUGUACUUUAUACGGGUACCUUUUGUCUGUAAUUGUAGAAAGGUAAGAGAUGCACUGUAAGAAAUGACUACUGACAUGUAGUGUUAUGGAGAUGGAUGUGUUUUUUUUUAUAAACAGUAAAAUAAUUGAUAUUUCU